ACGCAUCCUGUCGAUACAAUCAAUUUUAAGCAUAUUAAUAUGUACUAUUUAGUUUUUAUUUGUAUGACAAUCAAAUGAAUAAAAAUGAAACCGUUUGAAGUACAUUCAGCCCUGGGGGUUUUCGGCGACAGGUAGAAAAAACACAAAAAACGGCACCAAUGAAUGCAAAAGUAUCAAUCUGUACUCAUCUCGUACUAGUGAAUUAUCCGCUUACACAAGCGCCAAAUGUAAUGCUUGUUUUCGUAUUUGUUCGUACUUUGUUGUUCUCGAGUGUUUGUGUGUGAAUGUUGCUGCUGCGACUUGAAUUUCCUUAACCCUAAGUGAUUGUUUUCCGGCAGUGCACUCAACCGCCACUAGAUGGAGACAAUCACCAAGCUCGGCGGUGGUCCCCUGUUUUGACCACCACAGUCAGUGUGAGCGUUUAAGUUGAAUUCUUUGAAACAGGGCAGCACAUCGGAGGAGUGCUCGGAAGACGUGAGGUUGUGGGUUGUGGGUUGGAAUCCGGCCUCACGCGCGACCCUCAUGAGGAUAAGAGCUAUUUAUGGAACAUGGCAAAGGUCAACUUCAAAUGACAUGUUGCUUCCCAACAGCGAGUAACUCAUAAGCAGUCCCAAGGAAGUACAGAGGAGAAAUAGUGAAUCAUCUCACUCGCAGUUUUUGUGUUUCUAAGAAAAGACAUUUUGACAUCUUUGAACAGACGGUCGUUAUUUUGGAUGAUGAUUAUUUACAGCGCGAAAAAGAGAAAAGCGUGUGUGUCGUCUUGACGGCCUGCUGUUUUCUGCUGCGGGAAUGUUUCAGCAGCUCCACAGGAAACUUCCAAAGAUGGGGGGAUGCGUUUUCAAUUGUGCCUUUAAAAGUGUUCCAAGAUACACUUGGGCUUGCUGAUGACGUCAUCGCCCCAACUUGGGGCAGCGGUGUUGAUUUGAAGCAUUCAAAGUUGUCGGUCGGAGUGAGAAGAAAUAUGUGCUGUCGCGUGGCGAUGCCGCUCGUCGGACUCUUUGUGUGCGAUCACCAGCUUUCGGGUGUUGUCGUCAUGACAACAUCAGGGAGGCGUCUCGCUCGGCCGGCUGAGGCGAACACACGAUGCUUCUUGACCUCUUUCCACUCAUCCAUUCAUCCUGCCAUCCUUCCACCACGCAUCAACAGGAUGGCGUCGUCGAGGAAGUGAGCCCCCUUGCCCCCCCUUGCCCCCACUUGCCCCGCGAGCACAGCUGGCCAUGUCGUCCUGGGCGGACGCCUGGCGCCGCACGCGCUGGCGGCUUCUGCGCACCAAGCCCGUGGGGGCCAUGGCGCACGGGGGCGGGGACCCGUCGGAGCUGGCCAAGGUGCUGACCGCCCUGGACCUGGUGUCGCUGGGAGUGGGCAGCUGCGCGGGCACCGGCAUGUACGUGGUCGCCGGGCUGGUCGCCAAGUCCGUGGCCGGGCCGGGCGUCGUCCUGUCCUUCGUCGUCGCCGCCGCCGCGUCCGUUUUGUCCGGCGUGUGCUACGCGGAGCUCGGCGUGCGCGUGCCCAAGACGACGGGCUCGGCGUACACGUACAGCUACGUGACGGUCGGAGAGUCGGUGGCCUUCCUGAUCGGCUGGAACCUGAUCCUGGAGUACCUGAUCGGCACGGCCGCGGGGGCGUCGGCCCUCGGCGCCGCGUUCGACUCGCUGGCCGACCGCGGCGUCUCCCGCUACGCGAUGGCGCACCUGGGCGCGCUCAGAGGACUCGGCAAAGGCGAGGAGACGUUUCCCGACCCGCUGGCCAUGUUCAUCGCGCUGCUGGUCACGCUGAUCGUGGCGCUGGGCGCGCGCAACUCGGUGGGUCUCAACAACGUCCUGAACGGGAUCAACGCGCUGGUCUGGGUCUUCGUCGUCACGGCCGGACUGUUCUUCCUGUCUGCCGAGAACUGGGAGGGCGGAGAGUUUCUGCCCUACGGCUGGUCGGGGGUGAUGCGGGGCGCGGCCACCUGCUUCUACGCCUUCAUCGGCUUUGACAUCAUCGCCACCGCGGGAGAAGAGGCCCACGACCCCAACGGCGCCAUUCCCCGCGCCAUCACCGCCUCGCUGCUCACGUGUCUCUGCGCUUACGUGUCGGUGAGCGUGAUCCUGACCCUGAUGGUCCCGUACGACCGCAUCGAUGGCUCGGCGCCGCUCGUGGAAAUGUUCGCGGCGCGCGGCUUCCUGUGGGGGAAGUACGUCGCGGCGGCGGGAUCCGUCGCCGGCCUCGGCGCCUCGCUGCUGGGCUCGCUGUUCCCCAUGCCGCGCAUCAUCUACGCCAUGGCUGCCGACGGGCUGCUCUUCAGGUCGCUGUCUCACGUGUCGCCGCGGACGCGCACGCCGGCGGCGGCGUGCGUGCUUUCGGGGACUUUGGCGUCGCUCGUGGCGCUGCUGGUGAGUCUGCGCGACCUGAUCGAGAUGAUGUCCAUCGGCACGCUGCUGGCGUACACGCUGGUUAGCGUGUGCGUGCUGCUGCUGCGCUACCAGCCCGACGGCGAGCCGGAAGACGGCCCGGAGCUUGACGUUUCCUCCAGCGACCACGACGGCGAAUCCUGCGAGUCACGGCCGCAAAGGCUUCCGGACGUUCCGGCGGCGGCGGCGCGGCCCACGGCGUCGAGCGGGCGCACGGUGACACGCUGCACGCUGGCCUUCUUCGCGCUGUCCUUCCUGCUGUGGACCGCCGUCAUCUUCGGCGCCGAGCGGGGCGCCGGGACGGGCGCCGCCGCCGUCUGGGGCCUGACGGCGGCGCUGACGGCCGCCGCCAUGGCCGCGCUCUUGCUCGCCGUGGCGCGGCAGCCGCAGAGCGGGCGGCGCCUGGACUACGCGGCGCCCUGCGUGCCCUUUGUUCCCGCGGCGGCCAUCUUGGUCAACAGCUACCUGAUGCUCAAGUUGUCGGCGCUCACGUGGGCGCGCUUCUCCGUCUGGUGCGCCGUCGGCCUGCUGAUCUACGUCUUCUACGGCGUGUGGCACAGCUCCCUGGAGGUGAACGCUCGCCAGGAGGAAGCCCACGCCAGCUCCUACCGACGCUUCGACGACCCCUACGACGACCCCCGAGAGCGGGACGACCGACUCUACCGGCCGCCGGCCCCCCCGGAAAGCGACUUCCGCUACCAGAACGACGCGUACGACGCGGGGCCGAGCGAGGACGACGGCGGACAUUUCGGGUACCAGAGUGGAGGAGGAGGAGGAGGAGGAUGAAGGCUGCGCCGAUAUGCCGAACAGUCCCGCCUUCGACAACUAGAAGGAAAAGAACUGUCGCGAUGGCAGCAAACAUCAGCUGUCCGACACCCAAGGGUUCGGGUGCACACACACACAAACAGCUUCGGCCACAGCUCGUCGGUUAAUAUUAUUCGUGUGCUAAUAUUGAGGCUAGCUGGCUAACAGCAUUUUAGUCUUCAGCUUGUUUUUAAGUGUUUCUUGUUGAGUUUGAAAACAUUUGUUUGAGUGUUAAAUGUUUUUUGAAAAGUCCAAAAAGGUUUUCUGUAAGAACACAGUAACAUGCGUAAGUAAAGUAUAGCACUUCACUUUUUCCAAAAUGGCUUCAGUUCAUAUUUUGUCUCAAAAUUCUACACUUCCCCCCUCCCCCAACUGACAAUGUGAACAAAGUUUAUUUUUACAAAAUGUUUUUUUUUUUUGUCCAUACAUGAUGAUGAUGUGUUGCUAUAGACAACUUUAAACAAGGUCUCAAAACAAUAAUUGAUUUGACGUGCGGAAAGGAAAAGAUGAGCGGCUGGUUCAUCGAUGAAUUGUUGGACCUCCGAUCAUCACGUAACGCAAGCGACGUAAACGCCGACGUUCAAAUUUGGGUUGAAAACAAAUCAAAGGACGCAUGUUUCAGU